CCAUGCUAAAUCCCGUGAACGUAAUGCCAGCAACGGCAUAACACACAUGGGCAACAUCACAGCAGCAGCAACAAGAGGAGCUGCGACACCCAAGCCAGCAACGUCAAAAGCUACAGCACCACCGACAGACAAACAACCCCAAGGAAAGAUCCCGGUCGUGCCGCCGGACAAGCAACUUCUGUUCAUCGAAGAUCAAGUGGCCCAACGCGCCGAGUGGAAUGCUGAGAGCGUGUUCGUGUAUGUCAAGCGAUUGUGUGGGGGGUUGCAGGAGUCCGAGUCAGAAGGCCGAAAACGACGCCAAAAGGUCAAGUCGUUUGUGCCGGGCGUGCACAACACCUUCUCAUUCAAACACAAUCUAGAUGACAGUAGCGCCAGUAGUCCACGAAUGCAAGCGGCAGCCACAACCAUCGUCGCAUGGCUGCGUCGACACAUGUACCGCAUGCGAUGGCGCCGUGCAGUGCUCCUCUUGGUACUUCGUCUCCGAGAUGAGCAGCGAUUACAAAGGGACGAGGCUGCGCUGGAGCAUACGAUAUGCCGGUUCAGGGAUAUUCUCAAGGAAGGCUUCACCGCGUCCAAGGUGGCAGUGCACGGAAACCUCAAGACCAUCCAGCUCCGUUUGGUUGUGGACACGACGUGUGACGAAUGUUAUUUAACGUGGACCCCGUCCAAGAAGCGUGAUCCGAGAGUCAUGCUACAUGAGAUCGAGUCCGUGGUGCCUGCUCGAAAGAACAUGGAAGGAACCGUCAUUCCCAUCCACCUCUUGCGUAAAGUCAGCUACCGGCGCACGUUUAUCUUGUCCAUCCACACCAAGUCGAUGAUCAAGGGCGUGCCCGCCAUCCCGAAGCGCAUGAUCCUGCAAGUGGCCACCGCCAAAGAGCGCGACUUCUUCGUCAAGGGGUUCCAUCGGUACCUAGAUAACCGGACGGGCGAAGGCUACGUCGACGCCACGGGCGUGCCACGUAUGGACACCCGUCGCGCGGCGCUGUCCUUCUUCAAUCCCCCCGCGUCCCCGCCAUCGUCGCCCCCUCAAGCACCAACAACGCACCCAUCCUUGUCUCGGCUCGAGCAGUUAGAGUUGAACGAACUACGAAGAAAGAAGCCACCUGCGAUGACGAUGGCCUCAGCCGACACACCCGCCCCGUCCCCUGUGGACGUCCUCAGUGGCGACGAAGACGAAGGUGAUGGCACGCCGAUGGGUCAUGAAUCGAAACGAGUGGCGCCAUGUCCAGUGGACGAACCACCUCCGACACCCCUGCUUUCGCAUUUAUAUUCGACUCGGUACGACGCCAUGGACAUGAAGGACGCCGAGCAAGCGAUGCAGGCGCGCCCGGUGCUCACGGCCCACCAAGCGCACCUGUUAGACGAGGAGGACCGGCUCAGCAGCGUGUUCGACCGCAUCUUAUUGAUGCAAACGUGAUAUUGGCAUUAGCAGUGUUUCUAGUCGAAUUUCUUCACGUUGACGGGAAAUUGCUGGCGCAACGCCGUCAUAUGGGCAGGAUAAAUAGGGAGGCAUGCCACCAACCAAUUGCCAAACACUUGAUGGAGGUUGGAUAGCACGCCCACGUUGUAGUAGUUGACAAACCCAAUCGUCCCGCGCUU